AUGGGAGUGGAGUCGUCCGCCAUGAGGAGGAGGAGGGGAGGGGGGGGGAGAGGGGGUGACGACACCGGCUUGAGGGCGGGUGCGGUCAAAGAGGACGACACCACCUGGAAGGGUGGUGCGGUCACGUUGCGUGUGGCGGCGCCGGGUUACACGCAGCUGUGUUUGUGUCGCCCGUGGUUGCGCCUCGUGGCCCGCGACUGUGCGUCGGUCCGUGGAUGCGCCUCAUCGCCCGCGGGUGCGUGUCCGUCCGCGGAUGCGCCUUGUCGCCCGCGGGUGCGCGUCCGUCCGCGGAUGCGCCUCGUCCCCCGCGGGUGCGCGUCCAUCCGCGGAUGCGCCUCGUCGCCCGCGGGUGCGCGUCCGUCCGCGGAUGCGCCUCUUCGCUCGCGGGUGCGCGUUGUUCGCGGAUGCGCCUCGUCGCCCGCGGGUGCGCGUCCGUCCGCGGAUGCGCCUCGUCGCCCGCGGGUGCGCGUCCGUCUGCGGAUGCGCCUCGUCGCCCGGGGGUGCGCGUCCGUCCGCGGAUGCGCCUCGUCGCCCGCGGGUGUCCGUCCGUCGGCGGAAAUCGCUGCGGUGGUCGCGUCCGCCCUCGUCGGCGGGAUGCGCCGCGGUGAGGGAGGGGAGGGGAGGGGGGAGGAAGCGGGCUGCCGGACGGAACUUGUGCGGGGGAGGCACGGGAGAGUGCGUGAGUACGAGGGGGGAGGGGGGCACCAAACGUCUCUCUAUCCUUCCCUCCUCACAGCCAAACGUCUCUCUAUCCUUCUCUCCUCACAGCCAAACGUCUCUCUAUCCUUCCCUCCCCACCCCUCCCAGGCAUACGACGAUCGCCUGCGCCAAGCCUUCCAGGACCCCUCCCUGCCAUACCACCAGCAUCACCAUCACCAGCAGCAGCACCACAGCUCCCUCUUCCCCCCAGAGGACGCGGCAGUGCUGGAGGCAUACCUCAUGUGUCUGCACCAGGUGCUGCGCCACUCGCCCCCGCCCCUGCGCACGCGCCUCUUCUCCGACGCCUUCUUUGACGCGCUCUUCCGCCUGCUCCCCCACGCCGCCGUCCCCCCCGCCCUCAAGGGCGCCCUCCGCUCCGCCAUUGCUGCCUUCCUCGGCGCCCCCGCCACCGUUGCUGCGCUCACCACCUCCACAGCCCCUGCUGCUAGGGCCACCACAGCAGCGGCUGGUUUCAGUGGUGCCAUGGCAGCAGGAGCGGCUGCUGGUGCUGCUGGUGGAGGGGCGACAGCAGGGGAUUUGAUGGCAGUGGCGGCAGCAGCGGCGGGGCUGACGGGGGCGGCGGCGGCAGCGCUGGCAGCAAGGACAUGGGCGCUGGAGGAAUUCUACGAUCUGCCGCCCUCGGCUUCUGCGACCCUGGAGGAGCAACAGGCACGUAGUACGCCAUACGACAUGGGCAUGGAGCUGAGCGAGGUGGAGGCGAGGGUGGAGGAGUACCCCUCAACGCUCUCCUACCUGCGCCUGCACAACACACUGCUCGCCCUCGACCCCCUCUCCCGCCCCGCCAGGUUCCUGGACUAUUUCCGGUUCGUGACGAGCAGUGUGUUUGUGCCGUACACGCGCCGAGUGUACGCGCGGGCAGACGAGAUGUGGCAGCUGCUGCUCGCCUCGCUCUCCCUCUUCCACCUCUCCCUCCUCCUCCUGCACCGCUCCCCCCUCCCCUCCGCUCCGCCUCUCGCCGCCCUCUCUGCUGCCUCCUCCUCGUCGGCCAAUGGGCUGCUGCCAGCUGGCGCCACACCGGGGCUGCUGCUGAUGAAGGAUUUCCUAUCAGCAGGCCCAGCACUGCGCAACAUUAUCGCCAUCAUCACAGCGGGCCCCGAUGCGCUUCUAGAGGAGCGUGCGCUGCGCCCCCAGGCGCUCUCAUUCGCCUUAGAAGACACCGUUGCCGCCUGCCUGCGCCUGCUGCUCCUCGCGCUCUCCCUCGACCAAUCCCUGGCCGACACCUGGCAGCCCGCCGUGCGCCCGCUGCACCUCGUGCUCGCGGAUGACGUGGUGCUCGUGACAGCUGUCAUGUCCUUCGUGCGCUACCAGCCGUCAGAUGCCAUCCAACGGUCGGCAAUCGAGCUCACAAGCGUCUUCAGUGCGCGUGGCGUGCCACUUGUCGCGAUGGCAUUGGAGGUGGGCAUGGUGCAGCGAUUGGUGGAGGACUUUGCAGAGUGCCUUGACGUUAGUGCCAGCACCGUCUCUGUACAGGGCGUUGCUGCUCAUGGUGACGCUGGUGGCGCGACUGUGGAUGGUGGAGGAGAGGAGGAGGAAGGCGGGGAGGAGGGCGAGGAGACGGACUGUGCCACGCUCAUUCUCCAGCUGCUGCUGGCGUCGCUAGGGAGGCAGCGGCCCACAUUGGCGCACAUGCUGCUGGGGUUUGAUGUCGACAGGCCGCUCGCUGCCUCCCUGCUGCAGCCCAACCGCCGCUUCAGCGCCCUCCGCAUUCUCCUCGACCUCGUGCUCUCCACAGGAGCAGACGCAGACUCCGACCAAUCAGACGCCACCGCACCGCCACGUGUCACCCUGCGGUUGGCGCGCCUGCGGGAGAUGAGCGUGCGAGUGCUGUACCACCUAGCAGCAGACCCCGCCACGUCAGCACCCACGGCAGUGCUGCUGCAGGCAAAGCCGCUGAGCUUCUUUGCUCCGCUGCUCUCCUCCGCGCUCUCAGCGCCUCUUCCUCGCCGCAGCAGCAGCCCCGGCCACCGCGUGGCGGCCCUGCAUGAGCGAGCGUGGCUGCUGAAGCUGCUGGCGCUGGCCCUCCACACAACGCCCCCUGCCCCGCACGCCCACAAGCACCACCACUCCCACCACGCCGCCCACUCCGCCACCGCCGGGCGGCAGCUGGAGAUCUGCCGGCAGAUUCUGUCGGCACUGUUCAUGGCAGACGGGGGUGUAGGGGGGGCGGAGGAAGUGGGGGAAGGGGGGAAUGGUGCGCUGGUGGUGUGGGGAGGAGGGGAGCAGCAGGCAGAGGGUGUGAGGGGAGGUGUGCUGGGGGCGACGCAGCUGUUGGAGUUGUUCCUCUUCGCCCUGCCGGACGUCACCCCCAGCUUCCUGCCGCACAUCGCUGCCGUGCACCACCAGCUGCAGCUGGAGGAGCUGUUGGGGACCGCAGCAGGAGUGGCGGAGGGGGGCGUGUUUGAAGUGAAUGAGAGGGGCGACCGCCUUGUGGACCUGCGUGCUCUCUCCCACAUCCUCACCCAUAGGUUUGCCUUGCUGGAAGCACAGCGAGGUCCGGGAGCACCGUUUCUCCCAGGCCCUAACCUGGGGGUGGCAGGCUCGGCAGCAGGUUCGGCAGAGGUGCGGCAGGAGGCAGUGAGGGAGGCGUUGAGGUUCGUGUGGCGGCGCAACCGAGUGGAGGAGGAGGCAGCAGCGCAGCAGCAUGUGGCUCUCGCGUGGGCGCAGCUGCUGCAAAUGGCUCUCUCCAGAAGAUUUGAUCUGCUGCCACCACAUGCCAGGCUGGAAGCCUUGCUGCAGCUGCUCUCUGCGUGUCUUAGAGCCAUCGCUGCGCCUCACACUCCCCUCACCCUCGCCAAGCCCAUCUCCCAGGUGGUCCUAGUGGCAUUCCUGCAGCUGCAGCACCUCUCCUCCUCCUCCUCGCCCACCUCCAUUGACACUCCCUCCUCUGACGACGCGGGCGAGGUGACGUGGAGCGACGUGAUUGGCCACUCGUCCCUCUCCGACACAAGCAGCAGGGAGGGGCUAGGAGGCGGGGCGAGUGGGGCAGGGGGCGGGGGGGCAGGGGGCGGGGGCCCUCGGAGGCAGGUGUCAGUGGCGGAGAGCACGGGGCUGCUGAGGGACCUGCUGGGCGCGCUCAUGCGGAAGGACUCCUCUGAUAGCCUCCGCCGGAGGCUCUACACAUCACUCCUCACCUUCCUCGCCAUCUGUGCGCGCCGCUUCCGCAGUGCUGACGUUGAUAUCUCGCCAGCUGUCAUGGCCGUCAUUCUCAAGGAGCUGCCCGGGGAAGAAACUUCCUCUGACCGCUCCCUUGAUAUGUUGGAGCGGCAGCGCAGGGAGAUGCAGCGGGCCACACACGCCCUCCUCUCGCCCCACCUGCCCACUCUCAUCCGCACUCUCUCCCACGACGCCUCCUCCUCCCCCUCCCCCCUCACUCGCUCCCUCGCACUCGCCGCCCUCUCAUCCCUCCUCUCCCACUCCGCUGACCCAAUCGCGGCCUCCGCCAGCCUGGCGCCGACCAAUGGCAUCGCGACAGCUGGACGGGACCACCGGAGCAUUUUUGCGCAAUCCGUGGGCGGUGGGCAGAAUCAGAAUCUGCCAAUUGGAUUCGGGCGAUUGCCGGAUUUGGCGCCAGGGAUGACGUCAGCACUGGCGGUGGCGUCCACGUCAGCAGCGGCUGUGCUGAGUCAGAUGCAGGCGCACGGAAUGGUGCAGGCGUGCAUAGCUGACGUCAGCAAGGGGAUUUCAGAGGUGCUCCUGCUGCCCUCGGCCGACGCACAGCGCCAGGCGUUCGUGACGGAGGCGCGGCUGGCGCUGCUGCUGGCCAUGGCGGCGGCCACGGGGCGCCAAGGGCUGCUGCUGCUGCUCAACGCGGGAUUCCUCCGCGCCAUGGCUGCAUGCCCCUCCCUCGACGCCCCUGUUUCUGAGGCAUCCUACCUGGCACCGCCCCCAGUGGGGCUGUCAUCUCUGGACGUGCCUUCGGAGUCUCUCUGCUUCGCUCACCUCGUUGCCCCCGUGCUGCGCCUGCUGCUCGCCCUCUCCACCCUCGCCCCGCCCGACGCCUCGCUCUCACCACACGCACCACCAUCCGACGCCACUUCAAAAGCGGACGUGGCAUCACAGCUGGUGCAGUUCGCCAUCCAUCACGAGCCCAUGCUCUCACGCCUGCUGGAGGACCGCUCGCCCGCCUGCAACCCCACCGACCUGCUGCUGCUCUCCCUCUCCACCGCCUUCCUCUCCCGGGCGCUUCUCUGGGCCGACCCCUCUCAGCUGGAGGGGCUGCGAGGCCUCAUGCUGCGGGCAGCGGCGGCGUACAGCGUGGGCGAUGGGGAGAGCCGCGUCAAGUAUGUGCGGCAGCGCGUGGCGAGGGAGGAGGAUGACCGUGCUGGAGAGAUCGGUGGGAUCUCACUCUCCCUGCUCCUUCCUCCGGAGGAGCAAGCAAUGGAGGAGGGGGUGUUGAGAGUGAGGGCCAACCUCAUGGCGUACCUGCGCUCCCUCGUCGCCUUCAAACGCCUCCUCCUGCCCGCCGCCUCCAAGCACCAGCAUCAGGGCCCCACAUUGAGCCUCUUAUCAGACCUGCUCCGUCAGAUGGUCAUCGACCUGCAGGCAGCUGUGGAGGCACGUGGCACUGCGCUCACCAAGCUGGCGGAUGUGAACGACAUGUCACGGCACGAGGCAGAGGAGCUCAUCCAUGCCACUGCCUUCCACGCGCCCCACUCCGCCGCCCACUCCCACCUGCCCCUCCGCCAAGCGCGGCGGCAGGCGCUAUUGAUCCUGGCGGGGCUGGCAUCCAGCAAGGAGCGCGCGCUCUCAUGGAUGCUCUUCAUCUGCGAGCACCUGCUGCACCUCCUCCUCGCCCACUUCUCCCUCCACCACUCCCUCCUCUCCCGCUCCUCCUCGCCCCUCGCCUCCUCGCUCUCGCCCUCCCCCACCACCUUCUCCUCCCGCCCGCGCUCCCUGCGCGUGCAAGGGCCGCGCGUCUCCCCCUCUCCUGGGGGGCCUGAUGGGAUGGGGUUCGGGGGAGUGGCAGACGGGGGAGAGGAUGCAGGAGCGGCAGCAGAGGCAGCAGCGGCGGGGAUGGGUGGGGGGCACAGCAGGGAGGAGUUUGAGUCGACGGUUGGGACCACUGCUGACCUGGAGAAGGUGGCUCGUGAGGUGCUGCCAAGUGUCAACAGACUAGUGGAGGUGAACGAGACGGAGUCACUGGGAUUGCUCAUGAGACAACAUUGCUCCUCUGUUCUGUCCGGCUGCCGCCCGCUCUCCCCAACUGCCAGCCAUUGGCUGCCGCCCGGGUUCCCCAACUGCCAGCCAUCGCUCUCCCCCCGGCUGCCGCUCCCCUUGCAGGGCCACGUGGGGGAAGCACUCGCGGCCAAGGACGCGGCAGAGUCCCUACCGGAGUUUGGCAUGGUCGACAGCUUCAUCCGCUGGCUCUCCACCUACCUCGGCUCAUCAGGACCCUGGCACCAGCGCUUCCUGGACCUUCAGGAAGUCUUCACUCAGACUAACCUGGAGCUCCAAGGAAUCAAUGAUGUGCGUUGGCUCUCGCGCGGCGAUGCAGUCUGCCGACUUCUUGCAGUCCUUCCGGGGGUCGUCGUGAUGGUGCACGAGCUGGGAAACAAGCCCAUGUACCAGAUGGUGACCAGCUACAGAUUCCAGUUCAUGCUGCGCUUCCUCGCUGACGUGCUGGAACAGCUGAACGUGCUCAGCAAGACGUUCCAGCAUCGACAGAUUGACCUGCUGGCGAUUCAAGGCCAGAUCCGUCGCACGACAACCCACAUCAACAGCCGUUAUGUGGAUUGUGGCGACGACUUCGGCGGCGGCCUGAGCGAGAAGCUGUCGCCCUUCAUUGCACGACAUGGACUGAAUGGGGUGCGGAGAGUGGAGGUCGAGUGGGUUGACUCCGACGGCCGGCCCACUUCUCACUGCUACGUGCUGCAUGAUUCCCCCCUUGAAGGCUACCCCAUUGCAGGGACCCAUGAGCGAUGCGUGGAGCAGUGCACGGCGAUGGCGGAGGCGCUCGUGCAUAACCUGGAUGAGCGAUUGGGUUCACUCGACAAGCUGAGCGGUGUGAAGCUGUUCAUGCCCGACGAGUGGCCCCAUGGACGGCAGGAGCGUUCCAUGCCCGACUGGGCGGAGGUGGUGAAGAUCUGGAGGGCGUACAAGAAGCGCAAGCCCAUCACAACAGUGGCAGCACCAAAGAAGCAACCUAGUGCUAAGGGGAAAGAGAAGGUGGACGAGGAUGAUGCUGGUGGUGCUGGCUCUGGGUGGGGGACAGAGACCCCCGUGCACAGGCACGGUUCUAUGAGCGAUGGUGGUGGUAGUGACGAAGAUGAAGACAUGUGUGUGAUGUGA